UCUUUUAAUUGGGAAUUGGUGGACCCCCCUCCAGGGGCCUCCGGGGGUCCGGCGACCCGCUCCGGGAGCCUGUGACUUUGCUUGUUCCACUGUGCCAAACAUUCCUGCACAGCAGCCAGAGCAGCGUGACUCCUCCUCUUCACUCACAAACCCGGAGCACGUAGCAACAACUGAGCCAAUGUGAACCACCGCGAUCCGUCCUACCGACUGCGGUGCCUGGCAACAGAAAGAGACGUGAUGACGUCCGCUCCAGAUUGCGUAUUAUGGGAUGUGCGAAAUUGAACAACCCGAAGAGGACACGGGGGAAGCCAAAAAUAAUAAAGAGACAGAAAUACGCGAGGUGCAUGGUGAAUCAUGGAGCUCUCGGCCGUUGGUGAGAGUGUCUUCGCAGCCGAGUCCAUCAUUAAACGGCGAAUCCGACGGGGUCGUUGGGAAUAUCUCGUGAAAUGGAAGGGCUGGUCUCAGAAGUACAGCACUUGGGAGCCAGAGGAAAACAUUCUGGAUGCACGACUCUUCGCUGCCUUCGAGGAGAGAGAGCGCGAAAGGGAGCUGUUUGGGCCGAAAAAGAGGGGACCCAAACCCGAGACAUUUCUCCUGAAGGCCAAAGCCAAAGAAAAAUCGUAUGAAUUUAGGAGAGAGGCUUCCAGAGGGAUUCAGGUUUCCUAUCCCAUCCCAGAGCCUGUCAUAACACCAAGGGCCCGGGAGGGUUUACGCACUGUGGUUCCCACAAUCUUUCCACCGAGCGCGGUCAAUAGAGGAGAAAGUGUCCAAGUCCGACCACCAGAGCCAGAGAGGAGGCCCAGACCGACUCCACCAGCUGCUCUGACUCUCCAAGAAUCCACCCGGUUCCCCAGAAAAAGAGGGCGCAAACCGAAGCUGCAUUUACAUUAUGAUAAAGCUGAUGGCAGCAGCUCAGCAGAGCCGGACACCAAGAGGAGCAGGUUACUUGAGUAUCCGAUGUCCCACGGUCUGUCCAAAAUGUCCCGUCGCCUGCAUCAUCACGGAGAGACGUCAGAUCACAGCCUCCUUCAGCUGACCAAGAGGUUUCAGGAGAAGACCUCUAUUACACCCAAAUCCUGCGGCGAGCACAGACACGUGGGGGGCGUAGGCUUGUCUUACACCUGCGCAUUCAGCCCGGGUGUGCGUAAAAGAGAUCAGGAGGGACGCAGGACUAAUUGCUUGAGCAGGAUGUUUGUUCCUCAGCCCAGCAAGCCGAAACACUCUGCAGAGCACCGCAGCCAGCAGAUGACGAGGUGCAGUCUGCCCCGGGAACCACCUCAUGUCUUGUCCGCACAGUCCGAGUUCAUCCACGAUUCAUCCGAGACACCUGCCUCAUCUUGGAAGCCCACUUUCACCAACCUGGACACUGUAACCGUGACAGACGUCACCAUGAACUUCUUGACAGUCACCAUCAGAGAGAGUAGCACAGACAAAGGCUUUUUCAGAGAUAAAAGAUGAGUGUGUGCUUUGGAUAGAGGUCACAUCAUUGUUUAACAAGCUACUAACUACCAGGCCUACUGUAAUUCUCUAUUUUUUCUAUGUAACUUUCCAACGUGUACAUACAUAUUUAAUACGCUGCUAAUUAAAAAUCAAAGUGAUAAGGAG